GCACCUCUGUGACCGUUUGUGUGCUUGUGUGUGUACGUGUUUGUAAAUUUGUGUUUGUGUUGUGCGAUUGUUUUGUUUUGACUAAAAUUCUAGUUAGCUGUAUUUUCAAACAAAUGAUUUCCUAGACGUUUAUAUCAAAUCUAGGCCACCAAAUUCGAUAUAGCCAAAAAAGCACGCAAAUUGCCGAGAAAUUGUCGUGAUAUCGUUUACUGAUAAAACCGAGUGGCAACUCCAAGUGGCCACCAUGUAUACAAAAACAAGAAACAACGAUGAAAACGAAUCGCGCGAUAAAUAAAAGGAAAGCGGAGACGCAGCAGAAGAAAGAGCGACCCAAAACGGAGAAUAGCAGAAUCGUCGCUUCUGUUUCGACAAACAGACACUGAAAGCAGCAAUUAAAAAAUUGAAAAUACGAAAAGAAAAAAAGAAAAAGAGCACCUAGAACGUUAGAACUCACCAAAAUUACUAAGUAUAUCGCAUAAAAUAGUACGAAUUGAUUGCGGCUUACCUCUUUCUUUCAAAAUUAUUGAGUAAUUAGCGAGCGGAGAGCGAAGAGAGUUCUUGAAUCGAAGAGAGGCGGCAAGUAGAUUUGAAUACUCAAAUCCUAGUGAGGUGACUUCCUGGGAAAAGUGAACUGAUCCAGAGACGCUUAUCAUCAGGCGGUUAUUAUGAAAGGCAAUCACUAUAAAAUGUCUCGUAACAAAGACAAAUACGACAGCGCCAAUCGAAGACAGCAGAUCUUUUUGUCGCAGGAGGAUAUCGCCGCUGGCAAGAAGACAAACUGGAGUGGUCUAGAGAUUACCGGUUGCGUCCGCAACAUCAGUCCGUCGCUCUGGGAGUUCGAGCAUCUAACCGCCCUCUAUCUGAACGAUAACCAACUGCUGAGAUUGCCAGCUGACGUCGGUAUGCUGAUCAGUCUCCGAACUUUGGAUUUGUCCAGCAAUAAGCUAAGGAGUCUUCCCGCAGAGCUUGGCGAACUCAUCCAGUUGAGGGAACUGCUGCUGAACAACAACUUUCUGCGCGUGCUGCCUUACGAGAUCGGCAAGCUGUUCCACCUCGUCAUACUCGGCCUCAUGGGCAAUCCGUUGCAAAAGGAGUUCAUGAACAUCUACAACGAGCCAAACGGCACGCAGAAACUGCUCACCUACAUGCUGGACAACUUGUCAUUUACCGUCAAUCCACCGCCCCAGAGGCCCUGGCUGCCAUUGGCCAAGCCCAACAAAACGCGACCAGCCUGCAUUUUUACGGUUAUGUGCUAUAAUGUCCUCUGCGACAAAUACGCGACAAGGCAAAUGUACGGAUAUUGUCCAUCUUGGGCGCUCUGCUGGGAGUACCGGAAAAAGUCGAUCAUAGAUGAGAUCCGGCAUUAUGCAGCGGAUAUCAUUAGUCUGCAGGAGAUCGAGACGGAACAGUUUUACCACUUCUUCCUGCCAGAGCUCAAGAACGAUGGCUAUGAAGGGAUCUUUUCACCAAAGUCGCGAGCCAAGACAAUGUCCGAGGUGGAGCGGAAGUAUGUCGAUGGUUGUGCGAUAUUCUUUAGAGCGUCCAAAUUUACGUUGAUCAAAGAGUCGCUGAUAGAGUUCAACCAACUCGCAAUGGCCAAUGCCGAGGGCUCAGACAACAUGCUGAACCGCGUGAUGCCCAAGGACAACAUCGGUCUGGCCGCCCUGCUCAAGGUGAAGGAGAACGCCUGGGAGCCAAUGUCUGAGGUAACGCAGAUCUCGCAGCCACUGCUCGUCUGUACGGCGCACAUACACUGGGACCCUGAGUUCUGCGACGUUAAGCUCAUCCAAACGAUGAUGCUAAGCAACGAGUUGAAGACCAUCAUCGACGAGGCAAGCCACAGCUUCCGGCCGGGCCACAAGAACGACUCAAAUGCCGUACAGCUGUUGCUGUGCGGAGACUUCAACUCACUGCCCGAUUCGGGCGUGGUGGAGUUCCUGGGCAAGGGUCGGGUCUCUAUGGACCAUUUGGACUUUAAGGAUAUGGGCUACAAGUCAUGUCUGCAGCGGUUGCUCUCGAACGACACCAACGAGUUUACCCACUCGUUUAAGCUGGCCUCUGCCUACAACGAGGACAUCAUGCCGCACACCAACUACACGUUUGACUUUAAGGGCAUCAUCGACUACAUAUUCUACACGAAGACAGGCAUGGUACCACUGGGCCUGCUGGGUCCCGUCUCUAAUGACUGGCUGCGCGAGAACAAGGUGGUUGGAUGCCCCCAUCCGCACAUACCCUCCGAUCAUUUCCCACUGCUUGUGGAGCUGGAACUUAUGCAUACGGCAAGCCAACAGGCGCCUCCCAACGGGCUAAUAAAUCGCCGGUAGCAAUAGAAUCGACGCGGCAGACCCACCACCAGCAAUAGCACUACUACCAGCACCACCCUGAUGACGACGACGACGGCGCCGGCGGCCUCGCGCACGCCGGCUGCCAGCGGGGGAGGAAGCGGUAGUGGGAAUGGGAGUGGGAGUGGCGGAGUAGCUGUAAGUGGAAGUGGUGGAGGUGGAGCACUAAUGAUCCCAGGCGGCUAUAGGGGACGGAGCUGCAGCAAUAGUGGAUGCCAUCGUCUGACUGCUGCUCUUGCAGCGGCGAGAAAAGCAGCCAAUCCUCCGCCGCCAGGGGAUAAGCCGGCCACCGCUUCGCAUCCCGCUCCCACCUGACGUGGCGAUCUGCUCGCAUCAAAAAUUCAGUUUUAGUUAGAUACGACAUUAAUUUUGAUUUCUAACCCCGGUCACCCAGCUCUUAUACCAACAAUCCCCCCCUCCCCCAAGAACCCUAAGUUAUAAGCUGACGACGUUGUGGAGGUCUCGCCGCUUUGUGCGCUGGAUCGCAAAGUGGGCUCACCGAUGCAACACAUUAACUAAGAUCGUAAUCGUAAUAGGAAGGAAUAUAAUUUACAUGCUGCACUCCUCUUCUGCGCUUCUCGUUUUGAUUUUAUCAACUGCACGUUUUCACCAUCGAAUAAAUUCAUUAUUUACAAUAUGCAUAUGUCAACUGUUAAAUUUUUGCAAACGCCCCCACUUACAUAGCAAUAACUAAAACUAAACUAAUUUCGUUUAACAAAAUUAUUAGCAUCCGUUCGUAAGAAGUAACCAAAACCAAUUAUUCAUUAAGUAAAAAGUAAAUUACAUUGUGUAAAAAUUAAACGAAAAAAGAAAUAUGCAAAAUUAUCUGAUCAAACCGUUUUCUAAAUUGUGUUAGAUCAUUGCAAAAAAAAUAUAUAUCUACAGAGUUACAAGAUACAACUUAUGUGUAUAGAUACUAUUUUGGCCAGAGAAUUAAUUGUACCGGAAAUGAUCCGGAUGUGCAAAGUAAAAUAGAUCAUUUAACUAGUUGAUAAAUGCAGCGCAAGUUCAUGUAAUGUAUAACAUUAGAAUGCUUCGAGAAUAUAUCGUUCGAUGUUUAUUUGAGUGCAUUGGGUUAGGUCGAAUUGUGUGUAUGUUAAAGAAUCAACAGAAUAAUCUUAGGGGCGGAACGUAUUUCAUAGAGAUUUUUCCAACAUUUUUCUUUUACGAAAAGAAUUAACAAUUUUUGUUUUCUUUGUAAGAUCAAAGCUCAAUGGAUUACUUUCCGCUCCUUCGAUUCGAUAGUAAUAUAAUAUACCCACCCCAUUGUGCAUAUUUAGACCUAAAGAGAUCUUAUAUAAAUAUAAACUAUGUGUACAUAUAUGCAUGCAGCGAAAACACAAAAUAAAUGUCGUAAAAAAGUA